AUGAACCAUGGCGCUGUCGCAAGAACAAUCGGCCCGCGAAUAAUUCAUAUUCCGAACGCGCCGCGAACGGACGGCGACGAUUUGCGGAGAGCCCCCGCGCUCCGGACCGGUAUCUCCGUGACCGGCUUCUGUUCGGAAGAAUCUCGGCCUCCUAAAACGAAUAUUUCCCGAGACGGCAAUGGAAAUGUCGCCGGGGCCGAGCGCUUGCGCGGGCGCAGGUAUGGGCGGGACGAGGGAGGGAUAGAGGGGAGAGCGGGGCAAGGAAGGGGGGGGGGGCAGCCGCUAAUGAGGAGAGCCGUGCGCUGCCCUCACGCACUCGCUUUGUGCUUAGGCCUACCCAAUGCGAAGGGUGGUACCGAGCUCCUGAGCUCUGGUCAUCCCAAGAAAUCUGCAUUCAACGAAAUCUUAGAUAAUUAUCUACGGACGGCCAGCAAAAACAUUAUCAGCGACGACAGUGGUGCACCCUCGGGGUAUUGUUCCUUAGAGCGCUGCGGUACCAGCUUUCUCCUGUCAUUUGUGGGCCGUCACAUGGAGAGGAUGUCGGUUGAAUAUGACGUGACUCCAAUUCUAGCAACGCGGCUCGCACUAUCCGAACCGGCUGGCUAUCGUGACCAUACUGAAAAACGGUACUCCUUUAUCCAGGCAUCU